AAACUUAUUUAAAAUGUCCAAAUAUUUUGUUACUGCUUUUCUAUUAGUGGCUUUUGGAAGCGUUUUAUCCAAUGCCUAUACAACAGCUAACUUGAAGGAAGAACCAGAGGCUAUUCAACCUAUUCCUGAAGCUGUAGAAGCUGUAGGUGACACUGAAGAACCUCAAGACAUCCGAAUUGAUGGAAAAGAUGCCGCAGAUGGAACUAAUCAAGGUCUUAUUGCUACAUAUUGGAAUAAUUUCCUGAAAAGAGCACGUCUACCUUUGCCAACUUUUAAUAUUACAAAUCCUUUAUCAAACAUUUUCACUCCAUAUGUUGUUGAAGUUGACUCCCCCCCCGAACAACAACAACAACAGCCACAUCAACAGCAAGUGCAACCACAACCAGCUCUUAUUUUACUUGAUCCUGCAACCCAACAAUACUAUCGAGUUCAGCCAAUUUCAUCAUAG